AUGGCUACUCCACUCGUUAGACAGCACAAAAUCAAGAAGCACAGAAGACAAUUCUGGAGAUUCCAAAGUGACAAGUUUAAGAGAGUAGGCCGAAGCUGGAGACAACCUCACGGUAUCGAUAACAGAGUCCGCCGAAAGUACAGAGGAAAUCAGGAUAUGCCUGGAGUUGGCUUUGGAACUGACAAGACAACAAGAUUCGUCCUUCCAAAUGGCUUCAAAAAAUUCCUUAUCCAUAAUGAGAAAGAACUUGAGGUCCUCCUCAUGCACAACAGAUCUUUCUGUGCUGAAUUAGCUCAUUCACUAACGCUCCUUUAAAAUAUUAAAAUAUUCAAAAAAAGAAAUAAUUUUUUUUUCUUUUUGACAGAAAAAAUCAUUUUGAAAAGGUAAGCACAAGAACCAGAAAAAGACUCAUUGAGAGAGCUGCAGAAUUGGACAUCAGAGUGACAAAUGCAAGUGCUCGCUUAAGAACUGAAGAAAAGAAAUAA